CGGAGUCCCUGGAAAAGACUUUGAUUCUGUUCAACAUUUUAACAAUUUUCCUAGUGCCCAGAACUUCGCGUGUCUUAGUGGAAAUCGAUAGUUGCAACCUAUUGUUCACUAGGAGGGCACUUCGGGCGACCGUGGGGGCGCGGUCUUGAGGCCCCGGGGCAAGCAUUCACUUUGCAAACUCAAGGCUGUGGUCGCGUUUGGAACCGCGGGGAGUGAGCCGAUCGGGCCGCCGUAGUCAGCUGCUGCGAGCAGGAAGUGUCCAAGGAGCGGGCGGAGACUGCAGGAUGGCCCCGGACCCCUGGUUCUCCACAUACGAUUCUACUUGUCAAAUUGCCCAAGAAAUUGCUGAGAAAAUUCAACAACGCAAUCAGUAUGAAAGAAGAGCUUAUGGUGACAAUCAGAGCUUUGUUGCAGAAUCUGAAGGAAAAGAUCGCCCUUUUGAAGGACUUACUGCUAAGAGCUGUGUCAACACAUCAGAUAACACAACUGGAAGGGGAUCGAAGACAGAGCCUGCUGGAUGAUCUGGUAACUCGAGAGAGACUACUUCUGGCAUCUUUUAAGAAUGAGGGUGCGGAGCCGGAUCUGAUCAGGUCCAGCCUGAUGAGCGAAGAAGCUAAGCGAGGAACACCCAACCCUUGGCUCUUUGAGGAGCCGGAGGAGACCAGAGGUUUGGGUUUUGAUGAGAUCCGGCAACAACAGCAGAAAAUUAUCCAAGAACAGGAUGCAGGUCUUGAUGCCCUUUCCUCUAUCAUAAGUCGCCAAAAGCAAAUGGGGCAGGAAAUUGGGAAUGAACUGGAUGAACAGAAUGAGAUCAUUGAUGACCUUGCCAACCUUGUGGAGAACACAGACGAGAAACUUCGCACCGAAGCGCGGCGCGUGAACUUGGUGGACAGAAAGUCCACUUCCUGUGAGGAUGAACUCAAAUGCCCUGAUGUUUGCUCCAAGUACCACUUGCCCCAGAACUGGAGCUUACCUUUUCUCCAUUUUGACUUUUGAACGUCUACAACAUUGAUUUAAAGAAUACUUAUAGACUAAUAGAAAAGGAGUCAGCAUCUUGGAGAUGCUGAGAACACUAUUGAGAACAUCUGAGAACAUCUAUUUCUGUUUGGACACCGACUUGUUCAGAGUCAAGAAACACAGCCCAAGACCACAUGCCCUAAAGGAGGAAC